AUGAAGGAUGAUGGGAAAACCUCGUUGACCCAGAAUGCGGUAUUCAGAGGAGCCAGAUCCUUGAAGCAGAUGCAAUUGAUGAGACUAGAGCCCUGCUGUCUGCAGUGCAGAAAUGCUGAGCUGAGAGCUGACAGUGUGGUGAUGGAGGGACCAAGGGAUGACAAGAUGGAGAUGCAAUGA